GUCUCAACCGCUCGAACUCUCUACAGUACCUUCACGUCAGCCUCUCCGGGUCCGUCCCAACAUCCAUCCACCCUCCACUAUUACUCCUCCAACCUAUAUCCUAUCUCCCGCUCGGAUCAUGUCUAACCGCGACCCAUAUACACCUCCCCACCGUCAACCUGGCUCUGGUCACUCCUCUGCCCACCCCAUCAAUGGUCACGGAUCCUACCACGCCGGACCAGCAGCCAACAAACUCAAUCCUGGCGCUGGCACCUUCCAACCCAUUCACUUCAGUGGCUUCGCUCCGCAGAAUGGCAGCAUGGCCCACGCCAACGGCAACCAGGUGAGCCAGCCCUCUCAUGACCACUUGGAGAGGAGGGUGGAUGGCCUGGAGCGCGAGCAGUUCGCUCUUCGUACAGACGUCGAGGACCUCAAGACCCUCUGCAACAGUCUUCACUCGUCCGUCGAGAUGAUGAAGAAGGGCGGCUGGUCCGUUAGCGUGGGCCCAUUCAAGGAUCAGAGCGCCGCAGCGUUCAGACAGGAAUUUGAUCAACUCACUUCUGAGGUUCACGGGCAUUAUAACGGUGCUAAUGAUUAUGCGAAGAAAGUAGCUGUGACUGAUGGCUCUGUCUCUCCGAAGACUACCCCGACCGUCCCACCGCAUCUAAGGGGCGCGAGAGGUGGCCAGCAGAAUGGCACUCCGCUGCCUCCGCAUCUCCGUGGAACCAAAGGUUCAUCUGUCGAGAGCAUCGCCUCUGUCGAGACCCUGACCUCGGCCAACAAUCCCCUCGUCACCGAUGGCAACGUCGACACCACCACCGCCUUCACGGCCCAAGUCCCCGCCAUAGAGCACACUCCACCAUGCUCAGCACCUGGCUCACCGGCCACCACCAUCCACCCCGACGUCCCCCUCCAAUCCAUCGAGAACCUCUGCAUCACCCACGCCGAAGCCUGGAAGCCACACUUCCUCGGGACACUACCGCCCCUCCCCACCAACGUCUCCAUCGAGAUCCCCUCCCUCGACUCCAUGACAACCUUCCACCCCGACUUCCUCCGCAACACCUUCGGCGGUGUGCUCUGGUCCCCAGGCCUGACCUACAUUCCUCCCGCACCGGGUCCCUGCAUCCUGCGCAACCGCACCUACUACGUGCUCGACGCGGCUUACGAACCGUAUCUCCCGUCCACUCCUGGCACGCACGGCGCCAAGCUCACUGCGUUCUUCAAUAAGCAUCCUGCAGAAGAGUUUGGCGCGCUCCCCGAGGGCUGCGGCGACUCCUCCGAGAACGUCCCGAUGUUCGUGCUUCUCCCCGACGAGAAGAAAGGCGGACGCAAGCGGUACGUAUACUUCGGACACUACAGCCAGACGCGCUGGUCCGACAAGCUCGACUACGACCGCAUGGUGCAGUGUGUGCCGCAGCAAGUGCGUGAGUACUGGGCCGAGGAGCUGUCAGCCUCCGGCAGACCGGGCUGGGUCACCGACGCCUUGAUGAAGCACUUCUUCCCGAAGCCCGAGUACGAGGGGCGCAUGUUCGGCGUGAGCGAGGCGCAGGGCGGGUCGGUGAUGAGCGAGGAUCUCGACAAGCGCGAGGAGAAGGUCUUGAAGGACGUGAAGCGCUACGUCGAGGCUUUGCGCGAGUGGGAGAAGGAUGCGCGCAUGAAGACUGCUAUGAUCAAGAAGGACUUCAUUAUGCAGGCGUUCGAGAGGGCCGAUGCAGAUGAUCCCCCAGCCCUUCGCCUCUGGUGGGAGUACUUGCAGUGCGUCAACUGGAACCCGGACUUCUAUCGCAUGCUAGCUACGCUGCAGGCGAGGAACGACAACUAUGAGCGGUUCUGAGAUGCCUACAGCAUCGCCACGCUCGGAUCAACGAACUCCUGCGGUUAA